ACACAACAAAGAACACCAAACCUCUCUAGUCGUUCUCCUUUCUUCUCCAGACACACUACUAUUCUCUCAAUCUCAACUCUCAUUUUCACUCUCCACUGAAUUUCCCACUAUUUAAAUCUUCAAUAUCUCUAUAUCUUCAAUUCAAUUCUUCUAUAUGCUCCUUCAUUCUUCAUAAACCAUGUCUUUAAGCACUUCCACUCUCUCUCUGUACUCACACCCGCAACCGCCGCAACUUCGUCUCCGCCGCCGGUUGCAAUCGCUCGCCGGAACCGCCAUCCAAUUCGUUAUCCUUCCGACUCUGAAUCGCCGAAGACCGUUCGGUUUAGGAGCGGGUUCUAGAAGAUUCGUGGUUAAGGCUGAAGGAACUUCAGCACGUGCUUCUGGUUCUCGGAGAGUUUAUCGUGAGUCUCAGGCGGAUGCAACGCUUUCGGUUGCUUCGGUUAAGCAGAUUGCGACGAAUGUUGCUCCGUUUGGAGUGUUCUUAGCACUUACUAUCGUUAUCUGGAAAUUGGUGGAGAAGCUUGUUGCUCCAACUCCAAAGCAAUCAAAGUCUACGACAGCUGAAAGCCAGUCUGCUUCACAAGGAUUGAAAUGGUCUUUUGCUGCUGGUACAAAUUUGUUGUCUCAGCUUGGGGCGAAGAUUGAUAGCCAAUCUAAACAGAAACUGAAUGAGUUUGCUCGAGAACUGAGGUCAUUUUCAUAUACUGAUAUGUCAGGGCGCAAUUUUGGAGAUGAAGGAUUAUUCUUUCUUGCGGAGAGCUUGGCAUUUAACCAGAAUGCAGAGGAAGUGAGUUUUGCUGCAAAUGGAAUAACUGCUGCUGGCAUGAAAGCUUUUGAUGGUGUUCUUCAGUCAAACAUCACACUGAAGACUCUUGAUCUUUCAGGCAAUCCUGUUGGAGAUGAAGGAGCUAAGUGUCUAUGUGACAUACUGAUGGGUAACUCCACCAUUGAGAAGCUUCAGCUAAACAGUGCGGACUUGGGGGAUGAGGGUGCAAAAGCUAUUGCAGAAAUGCUGAAGAAAAAUUCGAGCUUGCGGGUUCUUGAACUUAACAACAACAUGAUUGAAUAUUCUGGAUUUACCAGUCUGGCUGGAGCACUUCUUGAGAAUAACAGCAUAAGAAAUAUACAUCUCAAUGGAAACUAUGGUGGUGCUUUGGGGGUUAAUGCAUUGGCUAAAGCACUCGAGGGAAACAAGUCUAUAAGGGAACUACAUUUGCACGGAAAUUCUAUUGGCGAUGAAGGAAUUCGUUCUUUGAUGACUGGAUUAACAUCACAUAAAGGGAAACUUACACUUCUAGACAUAGGCAACAACUCAUUAACAGCUAAAGGUGCUUUCUAUGUUGCUGGGUAUAUUAAAAAGAUCAAAAGCCUGUUAUGGUUGAACAUUUACAUGAAUGACAUCGGUGAUGAGGGUGCAGAAAAACUGGCAGAUGCUUUAAAGGAAAAUCGGUCAAUAACGACAUUAGAUAUGGGAGGAAAUAACAUUCAUGCUGUUGGAGUUGGUGCUGUUGCUAAAGUUUUGAAAGAUAAUUCAGUUAUUACCACUUUAGAACUUAGUUAUAAUCCCAUUGGACCAGAUGGAGCCAAGGCCUUGGCCGAAGUUAUCAAGUUCCAUGGAAACGUAAAAACCCUUAAACUUGGUUGGUGCCAGAUAGGAGCAAAAGGGGCAGAGUUCAUUGCGGAUGCUUUAAAAUAUAAUACCACAAUAUCAGUUCUGGACUUACGAGCAAAUGGACUUCGAGACGAAGGUGCAUUGUGUCUGGCUCGCAGCUUGAAAGUUGUUAAUGAAGCUCUAACCUCACUAGAUUUAGGAUUUAAUGAAAUAAGGGAUGAUGGAGCUUUUGCUAUUGCUCAAGCACUCAAAUCUAAUGAAGAUGUUGCUGUCACAUCUCUAAACAUUGGCAGUAAUUUCCUUACCAAAUUUGGACAGAGUGCUUUAUCUGAUGCAAGAGACCAUGUGUUUGAGAUGACUGAAAAGGAAAUUGCCAUCUUUUUCUAAAGGAAAUUGACAUAUACCGCGGCAAGAUUUUUGUGUAGUUAUAUUGCAUAUUAGCUGCCGGCAAGUACUGGUAAGAGCUCAUUCACGUCGAUUUUUUGAGUUCUAGCCAUUCAUUCAUUGAGUGAAGUAUAGAAAUUUUGUAUUAAUGCAUUGUAUCCUUCAAUUUUUAGUUCUCCAAAUGAGGUUCCAACUGUUGUAUAUUCUUUGCAUCCAUUUAAUGAGACAGUUGACCCACAAUAAUCAAUGUAUAUUAUUAGCAGCAGAAAUUUCAGAAUAUAACGUUUCUUGAAGUGGGUCGAAAAGUUA